CCAUGCGACUUCCUCCUCCUCCUACCACGGUACCACCAUGAUGGCCGACACCGCCGAUACUGUCCAUGUUCCCAAUCUGCUCGAUUGUCUAAAUGAUCGAAUAACCGUAAUGUGCGAAUGUGUAUAUGAAAUCACUUGAUAAAAUGGGACGAAAGAGGUACAACUGGAAAGCGAGGAAUGUCACGGAAGUCGAGAUUGACAAUUCUACGACGACAAAGAUUCCUGUCGAUAUACGACAUCGGGAAGACAAAUACGAUGAUUGUAACGCACUCGUCCUACCGAAUGAAAAAAGGAAAACGAAGAACAAAGUUGUAAGAAUCACUACCACUCGGUUACUGUCCAAGAAACGUAGGAAAGAACUUGAAAAAGUUGUAGAGAGGAGGAAAAAGAAAUCACGUAGGGCAGAACUUUUAGAACAACUGGCCAAGGUACAAGCACCCCAAGAGGAGCUGAAACAAUAUGUAUCAUUGACCAGUGUACAGACCAAAGGCUUGAAACGUCACUUUAGGGAAGAAAAAUCGUCUCCUGGAGAUUAUGAGCCGAAUAAUGAAAAUGCGGCAGAGCCGCAGGAGGUACCUGUGAACGCUAUCAAGGGUAGCAAGAAAAGGAGACUGGGAAUUUUAGAAGAUCAGAGACAGCACGAAGCUACUUCGGAUCCAUGCGUUCUCGGAUUCGACGAGUCCAGCGAGAGUGAAACCGAAUCCGAUGCGGGAAUAGAGAAGAGCGAUCUAGAAGAUAGGAAAAUGAUAGAGGAAGUGGAAGAGGCUAAAAGUAUAACGGAAGGUAUCGUUGAAGAAAAGAAGCCGACCGCUGCGAAUGCUGUCGAGAAAGCUACGAUCGAGAAAAGUCCUGCGGUAUUCGUAACGUUGCAAAGGAAACCGGAGAUACAAGCGAAUAGAUUAAAAUUGCCAGUAGUGGCGGAGGAGCAAGCGAUCGUGGAAGCGAUCAAUGAAAACCCGGUGGUGAUCAUCACUGGCGAAACCGGCAGUGGGAAAACGACCCAGGUGCCGCAGUUUCUCUACGAAGCUGGUUACGCUCGUGAGAAGUUGAUCGGAGUAACGGAGCCUAGAAGAGUGGCUGCGACGUCUAUGAGCAAACGCGUGGCCGAAGAGAUGAAUCUUACCGAGAAGGAGGUUUCUUACUUGAUUCGUUUCGAGGGUAACGUCACGCCAGAGACGAAAGUGAAAUUCAUGACCGACGGUGUCCUGUUGAAGGAGAUACAAACGGACUUUUUAUUGACGAAAUAUUCGGUCAUCAUUCUGGACGAAGCGCACGAACGAAGCGUAUACACUGACAUUUUAAUCGGACUGUUGUCACGGAUCGUACCGCUUCGAAAUAAAAAGAAUGACCCGUUGAGACUCGUGAUCAUGUCGGCUACGUUACGCGUCGAGGAGUUCGUAGAGAAUGCUAAAUUGUUUAAAGUGAAGCCGCCGGUGUUAACCGUGGAAUCGCGACAGUUUCCUGUUACUAUACACUUCAACAGAAGGACGAGUACUAAUUACGUCUCCGAUGCGUUAAAAAAAGCUGUUAAAAUACACACUCGCCUUCCGGACGGCGGUAUCUUGAUAUUUUUGACGGGGCAGCAUGAAGUGAAUUUUCUGGUUCGUAAAUUACGCAAGGCUUUUUCCACGAAGAAGGCGAAUAAGAAUAAGAAGAAUAAGAAUAAGAAUAAGAAAAAUAAAACGGAGAGUGAGGAACCGCAAACAGACGAAUGCUUCUCGAAGGAAGAGGAAAGUGUCGAAGAGAAGGACGAGGAUGAUAACGGUGACAGCGACGAGGAUUACCGUUGCAAAGAAGCGAUCCGCUAUAACAAAUUACGAGAGAAGAAGCGGGUACAUCUACCAGAUAUCGAUCUGGACGAUUACUCCGCGAUUCCCAUCGGUGACACUCACGAGGACUUGAUCGACGCGGACGAUGACGAGAUCGGAGAAGACUUGGACGAGGACGAGGAAGAGGAUGAGGACGUGAUCGAUCUGAAGGCUUGUGCUAACGCACAGCCGCUGUGGGUCCUACCAUUGUAUUCCCUUCUUCCGAGUUACAAGCAAGCAAGGGUGUUCGAGCCACCCCCGGAGGGUCAUCGUCUCUGCGUGGUGUCCACGAACGUGGCAGAAACUUCUUUGACCAUACCCAACAUAAAGUACGUGAUCGACUGCGGACGUUGCAAGAUGAGGAUGUACGAUAAGGUGACGGGAGUGAGCACGUACAGAAUCAGUUUCACGAGCAAAGCGUCUGCUAAUCAGCGCGCCGGGAGAAGCGGUAGAACCGGUCCCGGGCAUUGUUACAGAUUAUACUCGUCGGCGGUUUUCAACGACCAGUUCGAACAGUACGGCGAGUCAGAGAUACGGAGGAAACCUGUGGACGAUCUGCUGCUACAGAUGAAGGUGAUGAACAUAGACAAAGUCGUCAAUUUCCCGUUUCCAACGCCACCGGACAUCGUACAACUGAAGAUGGCCGAGAAGAGGCUCGCGAUACUCGGAGCUCUGGAAAAGCCACCGGCGGACAAGGAGGACUCUUACAGUGCCAAAGUAACGCCGCUCGGCCGUAGCAUCGCCUCAUUUCCAGUUGCACCGCGUUACGGAAAAAUGUUGGCUCUCUCGCAUCAGUACGAUCUCCUCGGAUACACGGUGUGCAUGGUAGCCGCACUGUCCGUGCAAGAAGUGUUGAUAGAAGCGUUCGAGAUGGACGGUGGUGGUUCAAGGACCAGGUGGACGCAAAUGAGACGCACCUGGGCUGGCACAGGGAACAGUUUGCUUCUCGGUGAUCCUAUGGUCCUGAUCAGAGCGGUGGGAGCCGCGGAAUACGCCGGAACCAAAGGAAUGUUACUCUCCUUCUGCGAGGAACACGGUCUGCGACACAAAGCAAUCGUGGAAAUCCGAAAACUCCGACAGCAGCUAACGAACGAGAUCAAUUUGAACAUUCAGUCCUUGAAUCUCACCAUCGAUCCUCGAAUGAAGCCUCCGAUCGACGCGGAGGCCAAGUUGCUCCGACAAAUAGUCCUUGCUGGUAUGGGCGAUCGAGUCGCGAGGAAAGUAAUGCCGGACGAAGUCAACGAAGAGGAGGAUAAGACCAAAUGGAAAUAUGCCUACAAGACCAUGGACAUGGAGGACCCGGUGUUCGCACAUUCUUCUUGCGUUCUCCGGAGAACCUGCCCGGAGUGGGUGGUUUACCAGGAAAUAUACGAGACAAACAAAAUGUACAUGCGUGGGGUCACGGCUAUAGAACCGGAAUGGCUACCUAAAUUUGCUCCUUCUUUGUGUCAACUCGGAGAACCAUUGACCGAUCCACCGCCAAGAUACGACGCGGAGACCGGGAAGGUGAUGUGCAAUAUAACCGGAACGUUUGGAAGAGCCGGUUGGAAGUUGCCGGUGAUAGAAACAGAGUAUCCGUUGUCGGUUGACGGAGUCAAAUGGUUUGCGUGUUUCUUUUUGGACGGACAAGUUUGCCCGAAAUUGAAACGAUUCGUCCCCUCGUUGCUGUCGACGCCCCAGAGUAUCAACAAGACGUGGGCCAAAUUGAUACCACGAGUACAAGAGGUGACACAGUUAUUACUCUCUCACGGAAUCAUGUCGAAAGAAAAGUUGCUGGAGACUUGGAAGGCAGAUAGAAAUUUCCUCCUAUCGGCUUACCAAAAAUGGUUACCGGAAUCCGCGCACUGUAACGUCGCGUCCAUUUGGCCGCCUGUACAAUAAACUUUUACACCACGCAAUCGUACAUAUAUUAAUUAUUUUGAUAAUCGUUUAUUUAAUUAAGACUGCAGUAUCGCAUUCGAUGUAUGCGCGAUUCAACUAAAAGCCAUCAGUGUCGGUUUCCUAUCAACUGUGUGUGUUUUACGCACCUGGUACUUUGUCAUCUCCUCUGUUUCUUUCGUGAAUAGAUCACCUCUUUCCGUAUGUAUCGAUACCGAGUAGAUUGUUUGUUAAGGGUAUACGGCAGUGCCCGAAAUGCGUACGACGGAAAGUAUAAACGAGAUUAUUUACAAA